CCCCCGUAACACAAGUUCGGUGGAGAGUCUGUGUUCCUCCUCUGCUUUCUCAACAAUUUCUCCUAUUUAGGGUUUUAUAUCUCUCACACUCUCUAAUCAAAGGCCUGAAUUUCAAAUAAUUUACGUAAUUGCCACCGUAAUUCGCUCGAUUUAGCGAAAUUUUUAAUCUUUCUUGUUUAGAGAUGGAGUCGAAUUCGUGGAACCCUCGCCUCUCAACUUCCUCUUCUUCGUCACGACGCUACCAGAAUCGAUCUGAUCUGUUUAUCGGAGGAGGGUUUGAUGAAACCGACGGUGAUGAUGAAUUCGGAGGGUUGUAUUUGUGUCCGUUUUGUGCUGAAGAUUUCGACAUUGUUGGACUUUGUUGCCACAUCGAUGAAGAUCAUCCUGUUGAAGCGAAAAAUGGGGUGUGCCCUGUUUGUGCAAAGAGGGUGGGAAUGGAUAUUGUUAGCCAUAUUACCAUGCAACAUGGGAGUUUCUUUAAAGUGCAGCGCAAAAGGAGAUUGCGUAGGGGUUCAUCUAAUUCGACAUUUUCUUUAUUGAGAAAAGAAUUGCGAGAUGGAACUUUGCAAUCUCUUCUUGGGGGAUCUUCGUGUUUUGUUCCCCCCUCCAAUUCAGAGCCUGAUCCUUUGUUGUCAUCAUUUAUAUUCAAUUCGCCUAAUAAGGCUGAUGAACCUGUUAAUAUGCAACCACUUCGUAUGGUUGUACCAACCUCAGUAAAGGAAAGCUCAAAUGAGAAUUUUCAAGAAAGAAACGUCCAACAGACGCAGCUAUCAGACAAAGACCAAGAGGAGAAGGCCCGCAAGUCUGAGUUCGUCAGAGGACUUGUGCUGUCAACUAUUUUUGAUGACUACUUAUAAGUUAUGGGGGCAUUCGGGAAAUGAUAUGCUAUUGUAAUAUUAGAACCAGCAGUUAUGGCUGUUAUGCAUAAAGGGGAGGAAGAGGAAUUUGACUUUUAUGUUAUAAGUGGUAAUAGUUAGAUCAGAGAAACUCUGUAUCCGCAUUAUAUGUAGAUGUGCAUAAUGGAAAGAUGGAAGUUUCAUUCCACUUGUGUUGUUCUGCCUUUACUUUUCAGGAUGCACUAUUUUUAUGAGACGGGUGUGGUUGAAAGGCUAAUAAACAUGAAUAAACAGAUGGUUUUUGAGGCUAAAAU